AUGCAUGAGCAGGACAAUGGUAUUCUGUGGAAGCACACGAUUGCCAAAACAGAACGUGCCGUCGUGGCGCGUAUGCGUGAGCUAGUCGUGCAGUUCGUUGUUACACUCGGUAAUUAUGAGUACGUGUUUGCAUACAAGCUGGACCAGGCCGGUGGUAUCACGCUCGAAACCCGCGCCACUGGCAUUGUCAGUGUAGUCGCCAUCGAUUAUGGGAAGAAGAGCCAGUACGGUACUGUGGUGCAGGACGGUGUCCUGGCACAGAAUCACCAGCAUCUUAUUGCUGUACGCAUCGAUCCUGCCAUCGACUCAUACGCGGAGGGCGACACUGGAGUCGUGGUGGAGGAGAGCAAAGCCAUGGAGAUGAACGAGAAGACUAAUCCAUUCGGGAAUGCGUAUGAAGUUGUGCGUACGCCAGUGGAGAAAGCAGGAUGGUUUGAUGCGGAGCCGAAGCUGAACAGGAAAAUCACGAUGGUCAACUGGAACAAGACAAAUAAGCACAGCGGCAGGUAUAUUGGCUAUAAAUUCAUGCCAGAGCCAACACAGCUUAUCCUUGCAGACCCUAGAUCAAGGGUUGCGAAGCGCGCUUUGUUCGCACAACACCAUGUUUGGGUGACGGGACACCGUGAUGAUGAACUUUGGGCUGCCGGGGAGUUCACAAAUUUGAGCAAACACGAGGUAGGCGGUGUAGCAGACAUGGUUAACAGAGGAGACUGGUUUCUCGACUCCCUUGAAAUCGGCGUCAACAAGGACAACGAUGCUAAAGCUCGGAAGAGCAGUCCUGUCAUAUGGAAUGUAUUUGGUCUUACACAUAACCCACGCGUGGAGGAUUGGCCAGUAAUGUAA